AUAGAUAGACAGCAGCAACCCGGACGACUUAAUAGUUGCACGCAACUCCUUGGAUGAGGUUCAUCAGAUGACCCCAUGAGAAGGCGUUAGUUAUCAAUUUAAUCAACUUGACACCAGUGAGGUGCUGCUGACAUGGAGAAAGCAACAGCAGCAGCAGCAGCAGGUGGUGGGGUGGAUCUUGGCAGCAAGUUCGUGUCAGAGUCUCAGAUCGAGGAGAAGCGGAAGAAGCGGCAGGAGGAAUGGGAAAAAGUACGCAAGCCAGAGGACCCAGAGGAGGCCCCUGAGGAAGAAUAUGAUUCGCGGUCAUUGUUUGAGAGACUGCAGGAGCAGAAGGACAAAAAGCAAGAAGAAUAUGAGGAGCAGUUCAAAUUCAAGAACAUGGUGAAGGGGCUGGAUGAGGACGAGAGCCACUUCCUGGAUGAGGUGUCACGGCAACAGUCGCUAGUGGAGAAGCAGAGGAGAGACGAGGAGCGGCAGGAGCUGCAGGAGUACAGAAGUGCGAUUAAGAAGCUGGCGGCGUCCUCCAGCGAGGGCCAGGGCCAGAGCCAGAGCCGCAAGGAGCCGGAGAGGCGGCCGGGAGGAGCCAAACCCCCAGAGCACCGCAGCCACCUGUCCCAGGCACACCUGCUGGCUGGGGCCGUCAAGAGGCGCAGUUCCUCCCAGUCGUCAUCAGAGGGAAGCAAGAAGCCGAAGGAGGAUGAGGCAGCGCUAGGCAACGGCAGCAGCCGGACAGAGCAGGAGGCUGGCGGGAGAGGCGGAGGUCUCGGAGGACGGGGUACGGCUGAGCCCGCGCUGGCGGCAUCGGUGCGGCUGGCGUCUGUCCCGGGUGUCCAGGGUGGUGGCGGCGGCGGUGUGGUGGUGUCUCAGCCUGGCGUGCUGCGCCUGCCCUCGGCCGCGGUGUGUGUGGGGAUCCUGCCGGGACUCGGCGCCUACUCCGGCAGCAGCGACAGCGAGUCCAGCAGCGACAGCGAAGUUUAAACCCCAUGGCAACCCUAACCUGACGACGGUCCAACCCUCGGCCCCCCCACCCCACCCCUUGAGGCUUCUGCACUGCUAUUGGCCAAGGGGACUUUGACUGACAGCUCAGGAUGGCUGAAGGAGAAGACUGCUAACUGUCAUGCUAUAAUGCCAUUGCUUCACCCAAUAACAUCUAAAAACUACAGGCAGAUGGCAGACUCUGGGGCCUGUGAGCUGGCUGAGGCAAAUGGUGUGUCUGUUUUUGUUUGUUUGUUUGUUUGUUUGUUUGUAUUUUGCCCUCACAUUUUUAAGAAAAGAAUAACAAUGAUGCUUUGAUGGCGAGAAAUGCUGGAAUUUUUAUGAAGUUUCAUCAGAGCGCUACUGCACAUCUGUUUGUGCUGUGAAUGGGAAUAUCAGAUGGGGGGAAAAAACAAUAAAAGUGUUUCUCGUA